AUGGGUACCACUAUGAUAUUGAUGUGCUUCCUUUUGCUUGGUGCAGCAGUUCUGGAGGCCAGAUCAGGAAGACAUAUUCCAUAUAAAUUCCAUAAACGAGGGAGAAGAGCAACUUGUACAGGUCAUUCCCAGCUAACUCAUCCAACUGUGUUUGUGCUCAACUCCCUCUCUCCCAAAGGAACCGGCCUCCACCUGGUCAAUGGACGGCACAGAUGUGAGGGCCGCGUAGAGCUCUAUUAUGAAGGCCGGCUGGGGACGGUUUGUGAUGAUCUCUGGGACCUGGCUGAUGCCCAGGUUGUGUGCAGGCAGCUGGGAUGUGGCCAGGCCAUUGCAGCUCCGGGCAGUGCUUACUUUGGCCAAGGCUCAGGCAGCAUCCUGCUGGACGACGUGCGGUGCCAGGGAAAUGAGCUGGCCUUGCAGCACUGCAGUCACAUUGGAUGGGGGAGUCACAACUGCCGCCACCAUGAGGAUGCUGGUGUUGUCUGUUCAGGUCCACCGAACACGACGGACUGGCCCCAUUCAGUGGGACUGAGUGCCACCAUACCAGCCACCUCCACACUGGGGACAAGUGCCCCAGUUCCAGAGACGAGCUCCCCACUGGAGAACAACACAGCAGGAACCGGCCUCCACCUGGUCAAUGGACGGCACAGAUGUGAGGGCCGCGUAGAGCUCUAUUAUGAAGGCCGGCUGGGGACGGUUUGUGAUGAUCUCUGGGACCUGGCUGAUGCCCAGGUUGUGUGCAGGCAGCUGGGAUGUGGCCAGGCCAUUGCAGCUCCGGGCAGUGCUUACUUUGGCCAAGGCUCAGGCAGCAUCCUGCUGGACGACGUGCGGUGCCAGGGAAAUGAGCUGGCCUUGCAGCACUGCAGUCACAUUGGAUGGGGGAGUCACAACUGCCGCCACUAUGAAGAUGCUGGUGUUGUCUGUUCAGGAUUGACCUCCACCACAGAGACAAGUUCCCCUGUUCCAGAAAUAUUGCUGAGAGACACGAGCUUUCCGGUGGAAUACAGCACUGCAGGCUCCCGUGUGCGGCUGGCCAAUGGUCAACAUGUCUGCGAGGGCCGCGUGGAGGUGCAGGACGGGCAGCGCUGGGGCACAGUGUGUGACGAUUUGUGGAGUCUGAGGGACGCGCAGGUGGUGUGCCGUCAGCUGGGCUGUGGGCCGGCCAUCGCCGCCCCGGGCAGCGCUCGCUUUGGUGCCGGCACAGGCCGCAUCCUGCUGGACAACGUGCAGUGUCGUGGGGACGAGACCUCCUUGCUGAGCUGCCGGCACGGCGGCUGGGCCGUGCACAACUGUGGGCACGAGGAGGAUGCCAGUGUCAUCUGUGCAGCUGCUGUGAGCUCCCCAGCACCAGAUGCGGCAAAUUAUUUUUGUGGUGGCUUAAUUUCAAAUUCCUCUGGGAUGCUGCAGAGCCCAAACCACCCUGGAAGUUAUCCAAACAACGCUGACUGUGUGUGGGAAAUACAAGUACAGAAUAAUUUCCGUGUUAUGCUCACAUUUAGAGAUAUUGCGAUGCAGAGCAGCAGGUGCCAGUAUGACUACAUUGAAGUCUAUGAUGGGCCCCCACACUCUUCUCCACUUCUUGAGAGAAUUUGUACUGGGUCCUUUCGCACGUACACGUCAUCUUCAAACCUGAUGAGCGUUCACUUUCACAGCGAUUCAAGAUACACAUCUAGAGGGUUUCAGGCCCACUACUCCUCCAUUCCAGCAGAUCACAACAUCGCCCUUACGUGCUUGCCAGACUACAUGCACGCAGUGGUUAGCAGGGACUAUCUCCAGUCCCAGGGCUACAGUGCAGAGGGGGUCACCCUGAAUGACACUGGCUGUGAACCGACGCUCACAUCACGUGAGGUUGUGUUCAACAUUCCCUAUGACAGCUGUGGGACGACACGAGAGGAAAGCAAUGAUACGAUCAACUAUUCCAACACGAUCAAAGUUAUCUCUUCCGGGCACAUAAUAAAGAGGAAAAAGGAUCUUCUGUUACAUAUCAGUUGCAAAAUGCUACAAAACACAUGGAUGCAAGUGAUGUAUGUUGCUGACGAUACUGUAGAUAUGAAUGAAAAUCAGUUUGGAAGAUAUGCUGUAAACAUUACGUUUUAUGAUUCCUCAUCAUUCUUGCGGCCAGUGCGAGACUCUCCAUACUACAUUGACUUGAACCAGAAUUUGUACCUUCAAGCUUACCUUCACAGCUCUGACCCAAAUCUGAUGAUGUUUGUGGACACAUGUGUGGCAUCACCUGAUCCUCACGAUUUUAACACUCUGGCCUAUGAUAUAAUUAAGGAUGGAUGUAUCAGAGAUUCUUCCUAUGCCUCAUACUACUCCCCCUACAGCCACUUUGCUCGCUUCAAGUUUAAUGCCUUUGAGUUCAUCAACCGCCACACGUCGGUCUACCUGCGGUGCGAGCUGGCGGUGUGCCGGCUGGGCGACUACUCCUCCCGCUGCUACCAGGGCUGCCUGAGCCGCUCCAAGAGAGAGGCAAGUCCUGCCCAGGAGAAAGUAGAUGUCGUUGUCGGACCGCUGAAGCUUCGAGGAGAUGCUCAGAGCAGGAAUACUGGACUGGAUGUUUCCGUGCCUCCUCCCAACACGGUUCCCACUGCGGGUAACGUGCUCGGGCCUCUCACUGCUGCUGUUGCCAUCCUGGCCAUCGUUGUCUUCGUUCUUGCCGGUUUUAUUCUGAGGCCUGCAAUGAAGAAACCACUUUUACAGAGGAUAAUGUGAAACAAAGGCCAAUUAUGAGACAAUCUCAUACUGUGAGCCACCAAAAUUCUUCACUGACAGCAAUCACAUAUGUGCCAUUUGUAACAAGCCGAGAUGGAGUGAACCUUAGCCUGUUGCAAGCUCUAAAAUAACUUUGUAAUCCUAACUCCUCUUAAAUGAUUUAAGAAUAAUUUCAAAAAUCA